GUAUCCGCGGAUCCACCCCAGGUGCUGCGCUCGCAGGUCAUGUCUCGGAUGAACAGCAGAUGAUACGCCAGCGCAGUUGCCGCGGCUCAUGCUCCGUGGCACAACAUGGCACGCGUAAAGAUGGGUCUGCUCGCUCUCCUCUGUCUUCCCGCGUGUCUCUUUCGCGUCCUCGUGCUCUCCCACAGCAGUGUCAUCAACGAGAGGUCGGCGGUUCCUCGCGCCGCGUCCCGCUCCGUGGCCCGCAUGGACGGGGACGUGAUCAUCGGCGCGCUUUUCUCCGUCCACCACCAGCCGUCCGCUGAGAAAGUGGCGGAGCGGAAGUGCGGGGACGUCCGAGAGCAGUACGGCAUCCAAAGGGUGGAGGCCAUGUUCCACACGCUCGACCGGAUCAACUCCGACCCGAACCUGCUCCCUAACAUCAGUCUCGGCUGUGAGAUCCGGGACUCCUGCUGGCACUCCUCUGUUGCCCUGGAGCAGAGCAUCGAGUUCAUCCGGGACUCCCUCAUCUCGAUCCGAGAUGAUAAGGACGGCUCCAAAUGGUGCAUUGAUGGGACUCCGUCCAAUCAACCACCGCCUUCCAAGAAACCCAUAGCUGGGGUGAUCGGUCCCGGAUCCAGCUCUGUGGCUAUCCAGGUUCAGAACCUGCUGCAGCUCUUCAACAUCCCGCAGAUCGCUUACUCUGCCACGAGCAUCGACCUGAGUGACAAGACUUUGUUCAAGUACUUCCUGAGAGUCGUCCCUUCAGACACCCUGCAGGCCCGCGCCAUGCUGGACAUUGUCAAGAGGUACAACUGGACCUACGUGUCUGCAGUUCACACUGAGGGAAACUACGGGGAGAGUGGCAUGGAGGCUUUCAAAGAGCUGGCCUCUCAGGAGGGCCUGUGCAUCGCCCACUCGGACAAAAUCUACAGCAACGCGGGUGAGAAACACUUCGACCGCCUCCUUAGGAAAUUACGGGAGCGUCUCCCCAAAGCUCGUGUUGUGGUGUGUUUCUGCGAGGGCAUGACCGUCCGUGGACUCCUCAUGGCCAUGAGGCGUCUCGGGGUCUACGGGGAAUUCCUCCUCGUUGGAAGUGAUGGCUGGGCUGAUCGUUACGAGGUUGUGGAAGGUUAUGAGCAGGAAGCGGAGGGAGGAAUCACUAUGAAGCUGCAGUCAGAGGUGGUUAAGACCUUUGAUGACUAUUACCUAAAGCUGCGUCUGGACACCAACACUAGGAACCCCUGGUUUGCAGAGUUCUGGCAGUAUCGAUUCCAGUGUCGCAUCCCGGGCCAUCCACACGAGAAGAAGAACUACAAAAAAGUGUGCUCUGGACAGGAGAGUCUGCAGGAGAACUAUGUUCAGGACAGUAAGAUGGGCUUCGUCAUCAACGCCAUCUACGCCAUGGCUCACGGCCUCCACGACAUGCACAAGGAGCUUUGUCUGGAAAAGACGGGCCUCUGUGAGGCCAUGGACCCUAUUGAUGGAAGCAAGCUGCUGGAUUAUCUGCUCAAGACGUCUUUCAGAGGAGUCUCGGGGGAGGAAAUUUAUUUUGAUGAAAAUGGAGACACUCCGGGCAGGUAUGACAUCAUGAAUCUACAGGACGUGGGUGAUGAUCGCUUUGACUACCUAAAUGUGGGGUCCUGGAGUGAGGGGAUCUUGAGCAUCGACGACAGCAAGUUGUGGAUGAACAGCAGUGAUACGGUUCGCUCGGUCUGCAGUGACCCCUGCUCCAAAGGGCAGAUAAAGGUGAUCAGGAAGGGUGAAGUGAGCUGCUGCUGGAUUUGUACGACAUGCAAGGACAACGAGAUCGUCCAGGAUGAGUUUACCUGCAAGGCUUGUGAGCUGGGAUGGUGGCCUGAUGAAGAACUGGCAGGCUGCCAGCCCCUGCCUUUGAAGUAUCUUGACUGGGCAGACGUGGAGUCCAUAGUUGCAGUCGUUUUCUCCUGCGUGGGCAUUCUGAUUACCUCCUUUGUCACCUUUGUGUUCAUCCAGUACCGCGACACACCUGUGGUGAAAUCCUCCAGCAGAGAACUGUGUUACAUCAUCUUGGCAGGCAUAUUCCUGGGUUACAUCUGUCCUUUCACCCUAAUUGCACGUCCCACAGUGGCUUCCUGCUAUCUGCAGCGGCUCCUUGUCGGCCUUUCGUCUGCCAUGUGCUAUUCUGCCCUGGUGACUAAAACAAACCGAAUUGCCCGUAUUCUGGCUGGCAGCAAAAAAAAGAUCUGCACUAGGAAGCCACGUUUCAUGAGCGCCUGGGCCCAGGUGAUUAUUGCCUUCAUGCUAAUCAGCGUGCAGCUAACACUGGAGAUAGUUCUAAUCAUUCUGGAGCCUCCUGAGCCGAUCAAGUCUUAUCCAAGCAUUCGUGAGGUCUACCUAAUCUGCAAUACCAGCAAUUUAGGCAUGGUAGCGCCACUUGGCUACAAUGGCCUGCUAAUCAUGAGCUGCACCUACUAUGCCUUUAAGACGAGGAACGUCCCUGCAAAUUUUAAUGAGGCUAAAUAUAUUGCCUUCACAAUGUACACCACCUGCAUCAUCUGGUUGGCUUUUGUGCCGAUUUACUUUGGCUCCAACUACAAGAUCAUAACCACAUCCUUCUCCGUCAGUUUGAGUGUAACAGUGGCACUGGGCUGCAUGUUCACACCCAAGAUGUACAUUAUCAUCGCCAAACCAGAGAGGAACGUCCGAAGCGCCUUUACCACAUCCGAUGUGGUGCGAAUGCAUGUUGGCGACGGGAAAUCUGCGGCUCAGUGCGGGAGCAACAGCUUCCUCAACAUGUUUCGCCGGAAGAAGGCUGUGUCUGGAAAUGCCAAUUCUAAUGGCAAGUCUGUGUCAUGGUCUGAAUCAGGUGCAAGACACCCUCCGAAGGGGGGGAAUGUGUGGCACAGACUGUCUGUGCAUGUGAGGAAACAGGAAGCCGGCUUGAAUCAGACAGCGGUCAUCAGGCCCCUAACUAACACCCCCGACCCCCACAGUUCUGAUCCCUCCACCGACGACCUUGGCACAGACCCCCGCAUACCCCAAGAGCUUCCGGGAAAUAAGUCUCUGUGCAACUUGGCAGAGGAAGACGACGAGGCAGACGCACAGCGCCCCCUCUGGACUGACUCGGAACAGACUGAAGGACUUGACUCAGAUUUAGACGAGCCGGCUUCUUAUUCUAACAUAAAAGGCCCCACCCCAGAGUCCAUGCAGGCGGCUGCUGUGGACACGCACAGCUCCCAUGUCCCUGCAAUGAAUGACCGCACUGCCAGGCAACCAGUCCCUGCCAACAAGCCACUGAGCCUAAGAGCCUCUCUGCUUCCUUCGGCGCCACAAGCGGGGGUUUUUGAAGAGGAGGAGCCUGAGGAUGAAGAACUGGACCUUUUACACAGCUACAUCUACGAUGCCAAGGAGGAGAGGGAAGGGGAGGAUGGAGUAGUGGAGGAUUUAAUUCGAAAUAAGACAACUCUGGAGGACUCAUUAGCUCUGUCUCCACCCUCCCCCUUCAGAGACUCUGUGUGUUCAGGGGAGUCUGUCGACGGCUCGCCCAUCAUCAGCUCGAUGCUUGGCAGCUCGCUCUACGCCUCAAAUAUCCUCCAAAACUUUGCACACAGCUCGUCGACACUGUGAGAGCAAAAACUGGUCCAGACGCAGCGGCCAUCAGCAUCACACAUGACUUACAUUUCAAAUUGUUCAGUAGGAGGUUUAAAUGCUUGUAUUUGUUAAUUUUAUUAUUAAGUGGCUUAAAGUUCUGUAGGCAAAAAAAGGAAAUCAGGAAAUAUUUAAUGUAAGGGCACUUUAUUUUGAAGGGCUGUCAGCGCACUUUCUGUAAAAAUGUAAAAUUGAGAAUUGUGCCAAAACUAGCCAGCUCUAGUGCCAAAUUCUGAUGAAUGACACAACACUGGGAUCACAAAAAUAAUAAUGUAGCGUUGGACUAGGUAGUGCACUGCAACUGAAUACAGAAUAAGAAGCACCAGGACAUCAAAAUUUGUAUUUUGCUCAAAUUUUGAAUCAGCUGCUUUCUCUCAUAGAUUUUCUUUGCAAAAACUUGAAAUCAUUAAGAAAACUGCAUUGUAUUGAAUAUAUUUAUAGUUAGUUGCUCUACAUUGUGCACAGACAGAGAGAAAUUCCCGUAAACAGAGAUUAGGCUGAAACUAGAGCUGUACAACAUGUGAUUACGGGUGCCAAUCAAAGUUUUUACCAACCUACACCCCUGCUUUUAUUUGAUAGUAUUUUUUUAUUUACUAAUGUGAUUGUAGUUAAACAGCAAUGUUGUUUCUUCUGUUUACACUUUAUGACUUCCCUGAGAACAAGUUUUGCAGGCAUGGGGUGUGAAACAUGAAAUGCUUUAGCUUUUUUUUUCAUGCCGCGUCAAUAUUUUUCACAUUUCUUGGAUUUGCUGUGUCAUCGUAACACAAACACAGUACAAGUUGUUCAAGUUCUCGGAGUUUGUAAUACUAUUAAGCCAUCUCUUGUUUUUCACACAAGUGGUAUGUUUGUUAUACGGAUAAAUGUUUCUAUAUUUAGAAUGUCAACAGAGAAAAAAAGUUUAUACAUUUUGAAACUGUGAAGAAGCAAUGUGUGUAAAUUCUCCUUUUUUGUAAUUUUGAAGCUAACUUCAGUUGACUGUAUCCUCUUGAAAAAGAAUUAGGUUGUAAUAAUAACCACUGAUCGGCUGCUUCUUGUAAUGAGAUUACUAUACGUUUCAGUUGAGCUUAAACAUUGCUAUAAACUUAAGUAGUUCUGUUAAUUUUAAAGUGAUUUUUAAAUAUCUAUGAAAUGAAAAAUGAUUUUUGAGUUUGAGACUACACAGUACAUACUGUAGUGCAACUGUAUUGUAUUUCCAAAUGGUUUUUAGUUAAUUAUAGUGUCAUUUGUUUAAUGAUUUUAGCUAAUGUUUAAUAUACAAGAUGCCACCUGUUCAAAACACUGUUCAAUCUGAAAUGAGCCUUUAUUGUUUUGGGUGAGCUGGACAUGAACAAUGCUGUAAAUUAAAAAUUAUUUAUAUUAAGAA